AUGAAGUCAAACGAUACACAGAUUGAAAUAAUAUUCAAUAAAGAUGCGAUAAACGAAAGAUGUGCGAAGGUUUCCAGCGAUUACGAGAUAGAAACAAAGGACAUUGGCCUGAAAAGCAAGCUUGUGAUAGUAAGAGAGCUGCUCGAAGACAACAUAAAAAUUGAAGCAGACGGGCUAACGGAAGCAGAGAGCAUGUGUGUCUUGAAAAAAGCACAAGCAAAGUUUUUCUACGAAGUUGCAUACAACAUUGACAUUAGCCAGAUGAAAGAGUCUCUAGAGGGGCUGUUGUUUGCUUCGUCUGAAGAUGAGAGCUCUCUGCGUGCUCAAGUCUCCAACCAAAUAAACCAGUGGCAUGCAUACGUUAAAAGCAUAGAGAGCAAAGAAAAAGACAAAAAGUUUGAGGCGAUUGCAGAGCAUUUAGAGCUAGACAUGCACUACACAGCUCUGCACUAUGACAGAGCUACGUGGACGUACUUGAAGAAGAUCGACAAGUUUUAUAGCCUGUUUAGGCUGGACAGCGACGACAUCUACGAGCUGAGCGAGAUCUACACAGAGGCCAAGAACGAAAAAAUGUGCCUGCUAGACCACGGAAUGAAGUACAUUUACGAAAACAGAAGAAAGAUAAAAGAAGUGGCAGAGAAGAUAAAAGAAGGCGAAAAAGAAAAGAACAAAACAGAACAGAGCAAGCACGAUAUGGCCACCCAGAAUAUCUGUGCCAGCAACAUCAAGCUGAUCAGGUCUAUAUACAGACACAAGGACAGCAUUGAUGAGGGCCGCCUGGUGAUAUGGGGAGUGUCUGACAUAUUGGAAAAUGUGUGGUGCUCCUCCAACAUUCUCAUGCGCAAGUAUGAAGCAAGUGCAAUGGUGGGAGAGAAGCCCUCUCUGCUCUUUAUGCCUCUAAAGUGGAUGAAAGGCGCCUUGGGCAUGGUGCGCAGGCUCUUCAAUAGAAUGAGAACGCUGAGUGUCACAGACCAAAGAGCCUUCUACUGCACAGAAAAAAUAAAAGAGCUGGAGAAGACUUUGGAGAAAGAAAAGUACAGCCUGGAGAAAACAAAGAAAACCCAGACAGUUAAAAGCAACAGAUUGAAAGAGAUAAACAAAGAGAUGGAGUCAAAGAAAGCCUCAAGAGAAGAAGACCUUGAAGAGCUCAGAUCAGAGAAAGCGCUGGUCGAAGAGGCCAUAAAAGACCUCAACUGCAAAGCAUCCGAGGGAAAGAGCUGGAUAACACAGAUACUGGAUGACAUCAAGGCUCUGGAGGAGUACAAGAAAAAGAACACCAGUGCUCUGGGCAGGCUCCAGAAGAGGCUGCUAAAUACAACAGCCGAGCAAAACAAGUACCUGAAAAAGCAUAAAGACAGGUACGCACAGGCAUAUGGCCAGACCCUGGAGAUAUUCCCACCAGCUGGAAGUGCAUAUGCAGGGUGUGUGAAGCCGGUUGCAUAUUCUUAUCCAUACAAUAGUAUAUAUCCAUACACGUAUCCAUACAAUGCAUACCCAUACAAUGCAUAUCCAUACCCAUACAAUGUACAACAGCAUAAAAAUAGAAUAGCACCUAAUUCAGCACAGAGUGCACACCCAAUAAACCACGGGCAUGUGCAUAACACCUUACACUUAGGCCAUCAUGUCCGUGCAAAGGACUCUACAACCGCAGGACAGCACGUGAAUGCAUCUAGCACUGCAAAUGGGCAGAGAUUUGCACAGCAUGCGCAUCCUAAGUAG